CCACACACAUCACCUCUCCCACGCGUCCCUCGACCCUGACCAACCUUAGAACUUCUACACUUAUAAAUUGAAAAACAUUGUCCUGCUGGAAUACAGCGGAGAAAACUAAUACAAUUUCCAUGGAUUGGGCAUUGGUUUUGUGGUUGUGGGCUUUGCUUUAUGUUCAGUACUGUCGUCGUGGGUGUCUUGGGUGCUUGGAUAAGGAGAGGACUUCUCUCUUGGAGAUCAAAGCCUCCAUCAAUUAUCCGAAUGGGUCUUCUCUUCCUACAUGGAAGGAUGGGACUGACUGCUGUAAUUGGGAUGGAAUCAAGUGCAACAAUGCAACAGGCCGAGUGACUGAAAUUUCUCUCGGUUGGGCAAGGGAAUACAAGUUGGGAGAAUGGUAUCUGAAUGCCGACUUACUUCUAUCCUUUGGAGAACUGCAGAGCCUCGAUUUGUCCUCGAAUUACCUGCGUGGUUGGGUUGAUCAUGAAGGUUUCAAUAGAUGGUCGAGAUUGAGCAAGCUAGAGCACCUUGACCUGAGCCAUAACUCAUUCAAUGAAACCAUCUUACCGUAUUUGGGCGCACUCUCAUCCCUCAAGAGCCUUGAUCUAGAAACGAACGAUCUGGAAGGAUGCUUCCUGUCAAAAGAAUUGGCCAACUUGAGCAAACUGGAGGUUUUGGAUUUGAGAUAUAAUCGACUCAAUGGUUCCCUAUUUCUGCAAGGGAACUUAAGCAAACUGAAGGUUCUGGAUUUGAGCUAUAAUCGACUCAAUGGUUUCCAAAGCCCCCAAGAAUUGUUGAACUCAAGCAAACUGGAGGUUCUGAAUUUGGAAUAUAAUGUACUCAAUGGUUCCCUAUCUCUCCAAGCUUUGUGCAAUCUUGAGAAUCUUCAAGAACUGGAUCUUCACAGCAAUGAAUUGGAAGGGAGCCUUCCUCCAUGUCUCAGCAACUUGUCAUCCCUCCAACUACUUGAUCUCUCCCAUAAUAAACUCAGUGGGAUCUCCUCAUCUCUCAUCUCAAGCCUCACAAUGCUUAGAUUCCUUUCUCAAUCUAGCAACCGCUUUGAAGGGUCUCUCUCAUUUAGCUCAUUUGCUAACCUUUCCAAACUUGAGGUUGUGGAACUUUCAGUCCUGAACGUACCUAUUCGUAUUAUUCGUACGGCGUUACAACAUAUCCCAAUCAGUUAGAGGUUGAAAUGGAAUCCACACAUUGGGUUCCUAAAUUCCAGUUGGAAGUCCUCCACUUAUCAAACUGCAACAUCAACAAGCUGACUGGUACCAUUCCCACCUUCCUUUCCAGCCAACAUAACCUGAUAUCAUUAGACCUUUCCCACAACAACAUGAAGGGAAAGUUCCCAUCUUGGUUGUUAGAGAAUAAUGAAAGACUACAAAUACUAGACCUAGGAAGCAACUCCUUAACUGGCCCAUUCCAUCUGUCACCUCAUCCAAACAACCUGGAUACAUUGUUGUUGGACGUCUCCAACAACAACAUCUACGGACAACUUCCUGAAAGUAUUGGUUUCCUCCUUCCAAAUUUACAAUUCUUAAACAUGUCUACAAACGCUCUUCAUGGUACCAUUCCUUCGUCGAUGGGCAACAUGACGCAACUGUAUUCUUUAGAUUUGUCGAGAAACAAAUUUUCAGGAGGAAUACCAGAGGAAUUGCCCAUGGGUUGUAUCUCAUUGAAAACUUUGAAGCUAUCAAACAAUAUAUUACAAGGCCUAGUGUUUCCCACUCAUUCAAACUUGAAAUCUUACGGAAUCUGUAUCUGGA